CAUAUGAAGGGGAGGAGAUUCAUAGAGAAAGCGAAGGCUUCAUGUCUGGACAUUGUGUGUUAACGCUUUCGUGUCUUUUUUAUUAUAUUUUAUCGAAAGUGUAAAGCGAAAGUGAAGGAAACUAUUGAAAACUGUUCUCAUUCCAUACAUCCGAAUAAUCACUGCAACGAGAACUGCUCUGACGAGAAUCUGUUGCCUGUUUGAAGAGUAUCAAACCUGCCUCUCGAGAGCUGAGAUGUGACUCAGACACCACUUCCCUACCUUUUCUUCUCUCGCAUAGUGAUCGAGGUGCUGAUAGACGUCGGCUCUGAAAAUCUCAGAUCUGUCUUCAACAUGUCUGGCCCAGGCUACCCAUCUCCACACCAGCCUCCUUAUCCCAUGCCCCAGAUGGGUGGACACUCCAUGCCCCCCUAUCCCAUGGGAGGUUAUGGAGAACCUGGACAAGCGGCACCACCCGCAGGGUUCCAAGUAGGAUACCAGCCAGUUCCAGAUCAGCCAGUGAUGUAUCAGCCUGGUCCGGUUGUUCCAGUUAGUCCAGCAUCUCACCAUGACCAGCCAUAUGGAGCACCUUUAGCUGCACCAGUCUCCGUGCCUGCUGGAGUUCCACCUGGUCUGGAGUACCUCACUCAGAUUGAUCAGAUCCUUAUUCAUCAGAAAGUGGAAUUGCUAGAGGCAAUCAUUGGCUUUGAGACCAACAACCAGUAUGAGAUCAAGAAUAGCCUCGGUCAAAAGAUUUAUUCUGCCAAAGAAAAAAAUGACUGCUGCACACGCAACUGCUGUGGAGCCCUGCGCAGCUUUGACAUGAAGAUCAAAGACAACGCCGACCGAGAGGUCAUUCGACUGAUCCGACCUUUCCGCUGUGUCUCCUGUUGGUGCCCCUGCUGCCUGCAAGAGAUGGAGGUUCAGGCCCCCCCGGGAACGACUGUAGGGUAUGUGAAGCAGGACUGGAAUCCCUGUUAUCCAAAAUUCUCCAUCCAGGGGGCAAACAAGGAGACUGUGAUGAAGCUCGAGGGGCCCUGCUUGGCAUGUAACUGCUGUGGGGACGUCAACUUUGAGCUCAAAGGCAAAGACGGUACUGGGAAGCCUAUUGGUCGAAUUAGUAAGCAGUGGAGUGGCCUGUUAAAGGAAGUCUUUACUGACACUGACAACUUUGGCAUCCAGUUUCCACUGGACAUGGAUGUGAAGAUGAAGGCUGUACUUAUGGGCGCUUGCUUCCUAAUUGAUUUCAUGUUCUUUGAAAAAGUUGGAGACACAAACCAGCGUAAUACUGUGUUCUCCUAGAGCUCUUGCUAAGUUACUUACUAAGUAACAUAUUUCACACUAACUCCCAUCAUCUUUCAAGUCUGGACUUUUUUCCUGCAAUGUUAUUUUAUUAUGUUUAUGACUAGCAAUAUUUACAAUGAAAGGUGGAGUAUCAACUGUAACUGUUCACUGGUGCCUUUUAAACAAUCACAGCCUACAAUAAUUACAAAUUAUUACAAUAGUACAAGCAACUAACAUUGUUUUUGUAACUUCUUUUUUUUUUAUUAGAAAUGAAUUGUUACAUGCAACCUUACAUGUUUUUCUACACUUAUCUCAUGCAUAUAUAUAUAUAUAUAUAUAUAUAUAUGUAUAAAAUUUUAAUUAAGUUUUAUUGUGCUAAACACAAAGCAUUUUGUUUAAAACUGUGGUUUUUAAUUCUAGACAUGCACAUUUCGUUUGUAUCUCUUAUCACUUCAGACAUUUGUUCUUUUCGACCUUAAGUGCCCUGCGAAGUGGACAUCACAGGAUAUUCCAACAUGGUUCAAGUUCGAAGUGAGCGUAUGUUCCAUUCAAAGGGCAUUAAGCAUGCAAGACAUUUAAAUUGUAUUUAUUUACAGAGGAAUGUUAUUUCACAAUUCUCUAGUAAGUUUUGUCUGUGUGUGAAGACGCUGCAGGCUGUGGUGUAGCUCAAAUCUGUGAAUGAAUGAAUUCCGAAGUGAAGGAAAACUUCCAGGAUUUUAUGUGCUUAGGGUGUAGGGAGCAAUGAACACUAUGGAGGGACCAUGUCAUUUGGCCCACAGUUCAUGUAUGGAAUUUUUCUUUUUUUAUAUAUACAAGCUGGUCUGAAUCAGGUGUGUUAAGAGAGACAUGCAAAAUAUGUAGAGCAUUGGUAUGCAAGAACUGAAAUUAAGAACCACGGAGUUAAAACAAUGGAUGUACGUGCAGCCAAGUAAUGCAUGAUGGUGGAGGUUGCAUGCCAGUUACUGAAUCUGACAACAGGUGAAUAAAGGAACAAAACCAGCAAGUAGUUGCAUGUCAUUGCAGUGACUUAAUAUGGGUAGAAUGUCAAUUAGUUAGUAAUAGUUUAGUAAUUUACUAGAUUAGUAAUUGUUACUAUAUAUAUAUAUAUAUAUAUAUAUAUAUCUCAGAUUGCUGCUUAAAAUUGUGAACCUCUUAAAAUUGUAUAUAUUUCUGCAUAAAUAUGACCCAAAACAUAAUUUGAUUUUCACACAAAUGCUCAAAGUAGACAGAAAAAUUCAAUCAAACAACAGAGACAAAAAUAUAUACUUUGUAAUUUAUUUAUUGAGAAAAAUGUUUUGGUGUUAAAUAUUUGUAAGUGGCAAAAGUGUGAAUCUUUGCUUCUUUAGUAUCUGGUGUGACCCCCUUUUGCAGCAAUAACUGCAAGUAAUGUUUCUUAUAACUGCUGAUCAGUCCUGCACAACGUUUUUUAGGGAUUUUAGCCCAUUCCUCAGUACAGAACUGCUUCAACUCUGAUGUUGAUGGGUUUCCUUCUAUGAACUGCUUGCUUCAGGUCCUUCCACAACAUUUCCACUCCAAAACAUUAGCUUUGUCCUCCUUUAAGCAUUCUUUGGUUGUCUUGCUGCAUGACCCACUAUCUCUUGAGAUUCAUGAUUUUGCUGGUAUAAUUCAGAAUUCAUUGUUCCAUCUAUGAUGGCAAACUGUCCUUGACCAGAUGCAGAAAAACAGGCCAGAACUAUGAUACUAGCUCCACCAUGUUUCACAGAUGGGAAAAGUUCUUAUGCUGGAACUCAGUGUUUUCUUUCUCCAAACAUAACGCUGCUCAUUUAAACCAAAUUGUUCUAUUUUGGUCUCAUCCAUCCAAGAGACAUUUCUCCAGCAUUCCUUGGGCAUGACCUUUAGCAAACUGCAGAUGAUAGUCGUCUCACUGAUCAAAAACACCCCUGAACAGAUGGACUCUAAUUCACCUUCUAAUUAACAGCUGAUCCUAGAGAUUCACAUACUUCUGCUGCUCACAGAUAUGUAAUAUUGGAUAAUUUUCCAGAAUAAAUAAAUGAAAGUGUAUAUAUAUUCAUCUCAUUUGUUUGAUUGGAUUCUGAUUUAAAUCAGGUUAUUUAUGCAGAAAUAUUCUAAAGGGUUCACAAACUUUCAAGAAGCACUGUGUGUAUGUAUAUAAAAAUUGUUUCCCUUUUUUUAUAUGUGUGUGAAGACAGUGUCCCCCAGGGGGCGCUUGUCAGCUGAUAAAAGCAGCCUCUCAUUCAGUCACACUUUUAAUUCUAAGUGUGGUGCUAAUUAUUCAAAAUUAUUCAAAAUGCCAAUUAAAUCCAUGAGUAUCAUGAAAAACACAUGAAAAUUCAUUAAACAUUUCCCAAAAAGUCAUAUGGAGAGACUUUAAUAAUAUCCCUGUCAUAAAUGUAUGAGUCUGUCAUAACAUACCACAUGACAUUUGUUUAUAAUAAUAAUCUGGUUGGUUAUAUAGACACUGGGCUAGUAUCAAUAAAAGAGUAUAUAUAACAUCAUUAUAAAAAUAUACAGACAGUUUGUUUUGUUUUAAUGUAUGUUUUGGUCACUUUUUAUUUCAAACUUUUAUAUAAAUUUACUUCAUUACACUGCAAAUGAAAGUUGUUUCCUAUCACUAACACAGUGAAUUCUAACAAUAAUAGAAAAAAAAUGUUAAACAAUCAUUUUGUUAAAACAAUGUCAAAUUCAGUAUCCUAGUUGCUAAUUACUAAUGUGUUAAACUAACUGUUCUCCGAUCUCCCGAUGCAUAAUCAAUAUACUUGCGUAUGUGUCUUCUUGUGUAUAUGUGUAUGCCAUAUUAUAACAUUAUACUUAAUAAAUGUAUAUUAUUGUUA